UAAGCGGACAAACUCCGUGUUUGUUUUGACUUUUCUGGCAUUUCACGCAUUUCUUGAUUUCGCAAAAUUGUGGCUCAGUAAAAUCCAAUGGCAGAUCGUCUAACGCAACUUCAGGACACCAUCAACCUGCAAGCGGAUCAUUUCUGCAACAGCAUCGGAAUCCUCCAGCAAUAUGCGCCUCCCAGUCGCUUCUCGGGCUCCCAGACGCCGCAGCAGAACCAGCAGGAGGACUACGCCCAGCUCUUCUCCACCCUGAUCAGCCGCUGCGCCAAGGACAUCGACACCCUGAUAGAAUCCCUGCCGAACGAGGACUGCGGUCAGGAGCUGCAAGUGCAGAGCCUGAAGCGGCUGGAAGUGGAGAACCAGGAGACAGCCGAGCGCCUGGAAGAGGUGGUGAAGCGAGGAGAAGCCCUGCUGGAGAAGAUCCAAUCGGCCCUCAGCGAUAUCGCGCAAGCUCAACUCGACAUGCAGCACUGAUAAAUCUCAAAGGGAUUUUUAUUAUUAUUUUCUUAAAAUCUGUUUCUCUGAAGAAAUUAACUUAUAUAUAUAUAUAUAUAUUCUACAAUGAAUCUUAACUAGGAAGAUAAAAUUUUUACACAAAGCCACGGAUCAUAACCGAAUUCAUCAUCAAAUAAUAGCAAAAAUUAUUCACGUAAAUGUUGACCUUAGAAA